AUGGACUGUAAGCGUGCUCUUGAAGAAACCGCUGGCGACUUGGGCAAGGCUGAAGAAAUUCUCGUUAAGCAGGGAAUCGCCAGCGCAUCCAAGAAAGCCACGCGAUCCACUGAAGAAGGUAUCGUUGAGUCGUAUAUUCAUAGCGGCGGACGCAUCGGCGUAUUGCUUGAAGUGAACUGCGAGACCGAUUUCGUUGCGCGCACUGACGAUUUCAAGGAGCUUGCGCACGACCUUGCAAUGCAGGUUGCGGCAAUGGCGCCGUCUUAUGUGACCAGCGAAGAAGUGCCGGAUGACGAGGAUGCUGACAGCGCUGAAACCGUGCUGAUGCAUCAGCCCUUUAUCAAGGACCCGUCCAAAUCCAUACAAGACCUGGUCAACGAAGGUAUUGGCAAGCUGGGCGAAAACAUCCGCGUCCGGAGGUUCACCAGGUUCUCGCUGGGAGAGUGA